AUGCAAAUGAAAAUUCUUGAUGAAAAAUUUUUGAAAACUUUUCAUCGAGAUUUAGGUCAAGUUGUAAUGAGAACUCCACCCUUGCAUGAAUAUAAACGUUUUGUUUUCUUCGUAAAUGAACAAAAUAUCUAUGAAAACAAAGUUGACUUAUGUGGUGAUGGUGGUGAACUUUCUAGAAGAGUGUUGACAAAGGGAAGAGUGUGCCACCUAAAUGAUAGCGAUCAGAGUUUAGAACUACAUAAGGCUUAUGACUUUUAUGCUAGAACUUUACAUGACAUGGAAUGA